AUGUUGAAUGUCCCUUCAAAUUUUUUGGAAGGACUGACGUCUUUGCAGGUGUUGACAGCAGGAAAUCUCAAUUUAAACUUUCUUUACCCAAACACCUUUUCACACACUCCAAGACUGCUGAGCCGACCGGUCUCACAGGAAUUAUUCACACCCCUCAAAAGACUCAACAGACUCCAUAUGUUCUCUACUGGUUUGCAGUCUAUGGACUUCCUCAUGCAAGCAAACCUCACUGAGAUUCAAUACUUGCAAAUCAGCAAGAAUGAACUGGCAGUUAUCAAUGAGACCUUCAUUGCAUCAUUUACCAACUUAACGUAUAUCGACCUACAAGGAAAUCCAUUCAGUUGUGACUGCAGCAAUGCCUUGUUUGUUGACUGGGCAAUAAGAAACAAUGUCACGCAAGUCGUAAAUGCAGACCAGUUAACAUGCAAUUACCCAUCAAAACUCAGGGGAAAUAAACUUAUGGAGCUUGACUUUGAGUCCUGCACUGUGGACAAGGGUUUUUUCUGCUUCAUUUCUACCACUGUAUUUAUUCUUUUGAUUAUGUUUAGCUCCAUCCUUUAUCAUUUCUUAAAAUGGCAGGUUGUCUAUGCCUACUAUCGCCUUCUGGCAUUUCUCUAUAAAAGCAACCAGCAGAGAAAGACACAGUCCAGUAGCUAUCAGUAUGAUGCAUUCAUUUCCUACAACACCCACGAUGAACUGUGGGUUAUGAGUGAGCUGUUACCUCAUGUGGAGGGGGAGCAGGGCUGGAAGUUGUGUUUGCAUCAAAGAGACUUCCAGCCAGGUAAACCCAUCAUGGAUAACAUUGUGGACGGGAUCAAUAGCAGUCGUAAAACAAUCUGUGUGAUCAGUCGCCACUACCUAGAGAGUGAGUGGUGCUCCAGAGAAAUCCAGGUGGCCAGUUUCCGACUCUUUGACGAGAAGAAAGACGUUCUCAUCCUGGUGUUCCUGGAGAACAUUCCACCCCAUCAGCUGUCUCCAUAUUACAGGAUGAGAAAACUAAUCAAGAAACGAACCUACAUCAGCUGGCCCAAACCAGGAGAGGAUACUCGGGUCUUCUGGGAGAAACUGAGAAUGGCUCUGGAGGCCAAGGAGUCUUCUAAAGAGGAAAAUCCUAUUCUUUCUGGGAUAAGCGGUACCUAAU